GACGCACUCAAAAUCAAGAGAGCUUUGAACAUGGCUGCCUACCUAUCACUUUUGCGACAGGUUGGAGAAGCCGCCAGCGAGCGCGCACGGCCCCUUUUUGCCCAAGGGCUCGCCUCCCUGCCCUCGCGAGCGCGCACCGUGUCUGCCCCGGCCGACAAGAAGGCCUCCAUCCCCUCGGCGCCCGGCUCAGAGUCCACCGCUGCAGCGCCCGGCUCCGAAGUGGCGGAGGAGUCGAUGGGCGUGCUGUCGCAGCUGGCAGCCAAGUGCUGCCAGCUGUCCCUCUGGAUGCAGCUGGCGCUCUUCGCGGCCUUUCUGCUGCUGGACUCCUCCAGGUAUUUUGUGGACGUCCGAGCCAUGAGUCCGGACCCCAUCAUCGCGCAGUCCGUCAUCCUCUACCAGGACCUUUUGUCGGUGCUGCUGUGUCUUCUAGCGGUCUGGAGGUACCAAGGCUUCCGAGGCCUAGCUGACACCUUCUCUGCAGAGCUCUUUCACUGCUUACCCACCGCGGUACUCUUUGCUCUGAGCAGCGCCUGCUUCGCGCACGCCAUCUCGCUGGGCGUGGGCGCGGCCACCGCGGUGUCCCUGAACUCGCUCUACAUGCCCAUGAGCGCCUUUGUGAGCCGCUGGAUGUUUCGGCGUGCUUAUGGCUGGCUUGAACUGCACGCCUUAGCGCUGUUGACCUUUAGCUCCCUCACUUUCUGUGAGUUGCGGAGCCGCGUCAUUGGCCUGUCCGGUGGCCUGCAGGGCGCCAGCUGGGUCGUCUACGCCCAGAUCUUUUCAUGCCUGGCCUGCUUGCUGGCAGAGCGGAUCUUCAAGCAGAGGCACCGCGACAGAGAGGAGCCGGAGCUCUUCUGCGCGCAGAAGGCGCGCUUCGACCUCUGGGGCGCGCUCACCUCCGUGGUGGUGCUGCUCUUCUUGGGCGCGCCCUCACCUGUGAUGAUCGUCCAAAAGUGGGGGCAUCUGCAGGUGAUUGACGUGGCUGUGCGGGUGGUGCAGUCGUUGAUGGCUGGCGUAUUGGUGAAGCACUGGUCCACGGUGGCCAAAGCAGUCGUGCAGUGCUUGUCCAUGUUGGUGGUCUUCUACCUGGGAGACGUAGUUCUACUGGGUCGUGGUCAAGGAAACAUGUGUCUUUAUAUGCUGGCGCUGAUGGUCGCGCUGGGCGCCUUCAUGUACCAGCUGGGCCGGCGUCAGACCAAGAAGCGCAUUCAGUCCCAGGCGGAGCAGCCGCAAGAGGACACUGAGGAUACUGAGGAUAUCGAAGCAAUCCGGGGCCUGCAGCGCGCGCUCUCGGACCCCACGGACCAGCGCCCCGCGCGCGGCCUGCAGCGCCGGCGAGUCACCAGCGACGAGGCGCUAAUGCCAGACAAUCAGGCGCUGGCUCCUUCCGAGUUCGAGCCGUUGAGCCCCACCCAGCAGCUGGCCUCCUUUGUUCCGCAGAUGCCUCCUGUGGAGCGCAUGCAGCUUUUGGAUCGGACUUGGCUGGAGGAGGAGCGGUCAAGGGACUCGCAGUUCGUGGCGUGGAUCUCCUCCAAGAUGGGCAUCCUGAUUCAGUUGGCAUGUGUGGGCGUCUUCGUUUUCUUCGACUCUUCGAGGACUAUUGUGAACGAUCAGUUCAUCAACGGCACGCCCAUCGUGUCCCAGUCCGUCACCUUUGCCCAGUUCGGCGCUUCCAUUGUGGUUGGCUUGCUUAUCUCCGUGAUCGCGGAGGGCAAGGCUGGCCUGCGCGCUGCCCUGUCCUGGAAGGAGAUACUGCGCUGCUUCCCGGUGGCUGCAUGUUUUUCUUUGAGCCAGACCUUUACCAUCAUGGCCUACAGCGCCGCAGUGAGCGGUAUGCUGAAUACUGUGGUGGGCAAUCUGUACUUGCCCCUGUCCGCGCUUCUCAGCCGCUGGAUCUUCGGGCGGUCCUAUAGCUUCCUCGAGUGGCUGGCGCUCACCGUGCUGAUGCUCAGCGCCAGCGUCUUCGUGCUGCUGCAGGAUUCGCCCAAAGGCGACACGCCGGCGAAUAUCUUCUCCACGGGCAUUUGCUACGUGCUGCUCUCUGUGUGCAUGUCGUGCUUGGCCUCGAUGCUCUCUGAGAAAAUCAUGAAGGCUGGCAGCAGUCAUUUCUACAUCCAGAAGGUGAAUCUGGACGUGGGGAGCUUUGCGACAUCAGUUCUGAUGCUCUGGGUCUGCGGCGUCACCAGCCAACGUCCGCAAGAUGCUUUCUGGAAAGAGCGAGACGUCGGCGGCGGGAAGAUGGAAGCAGGCGUCUUUGUGGGCUGGGACUGGAGGAUGAUGCUGGUGUUGGUCGUCACGCUCCUCCAGAACUGGUUAGCAGGAUUUGUCGCAAAGCGGCUGUCUACCGUGAUCAGAUCCAGUGCCCAGCAGCUGUCAUUGCUCAUUGUGUACUUCUUGGGGGAUAUUUGGCUGAACCACAAGACCUUCGACUGGCCUGUCGGCACCACCGCGCUGGUGAUUGGUUUGUCAGUGCAGGUCUUUGCCUUUGCGGGCCAAGCGGACAAGGCAGUUUGAAUUUGGUACAGGACCUAUGGCAGGCGAUCUUUCGGAGUGCUCCAAGCGAAGCCUUGAGUCCGACCGACCUGGGCAGC